CAAUUUUUUCAUCCCAAAAAAAAAAUAAAUUUUUAUCUAAAAUAAAGAUGUUGAACACAUCCACCAAUAAUAUUAGCAAAACCCCAUCACCUUUUUUGUUGCCAAAGCCCUUUGUUAAUGGAAAUGAAACUAAUUUUGUUCAACUAUACAAUUCAUCUAGGGUAAAUAAUGCAUCAAUUGGUGCAUUAUUUUCUAGGAAGUUGUAUGGUGGUGGUGGUGCCGUUACUAGGGCACAUCGUGGUCGAAAUGGCCGCCUUAGAGUUAAGGCAGUGGCAGCCGUAGGUGGUGAACAGGCUGUGAAGGUUAAGGCCACCAUUUCAGUACAACCAGCGAUUGGUUUAUUGAGCAACCUUAAUCUUAACCGAGGGCUUGAUGAUAUGACUGAUUUGUUGGGUAAAUCCAUCCUUUUGGAGCUUGUUAGUGCUGAGACUCAAUCGAAAUCAGGAUUGGAGAAGGCGACAAUCAAAGGAUACGCCCACCGAACAAAAUCGGAGAAGGGAUUGGUAAAAUAUGAAUCAGAUUUGGUAGUCCCACCAGAAUUUGGAGAAGUUGGUGCUGUACUUAUUGAAAACGAACACCAUACAGAGAUGCACCUCAUUGAUAUUGUCCUUGAUGGCUUGCCUUUUGGUUCAUUACAAUUUAAUUGCAAUACAUGGGUCCAUGCCAAAUUCGACAACCCUGAAAAAAGGGUUUUCUUUACUAAGAAGUCAUACUUGCCAUCACAAACACCAGCUGGAUUGAAGAAGUUAAGAGAAAAGGAGCUUAAAAGUUUGAGAGGGGAUGGAAAGGGGGAGCGCAAGUGCUUUGAAAGAAUUUAUGAUUAUGACAUUUACAACGAUGUUGGCGAUCCUGAUAGAGAUCCCGCAUUGGCUAGACCCGCUUUGGGUGGUAGCAAAGAUCUUCCUUACCCUCGACGUUGUAGAACUGGACGUCCUCCUACUAAGACAGAUCCAAGUUCGGAAAGCAGAUCUAAUACAGUGUAUGUACCUAGAGAUGAACAAUUCUCAGAGGUGAAGCAAGCACAAUUUGGUUUCACAACCGUGUACUCGGUGUUGCAUGCUGUGAUACCAUCAUUAGAGACCGCCAUGGUUGAUCCUGAUCAAGGAUUUCCAUACUUCACUGCCAUCGACUCGCUAUUCAACGAAGGGGUUCAUUGUCCUGGAUUGCAACAAAAUGGAGUCUUGCAAAAUAUGUUGCCUAGGCUCAUCAGGGCCGUCACUGACAUUGAAAAAAACAUGCUUCGUUUUGAGCUCCCUAAGAUAUUUGACCGGGAUAGGUUUUCUUGGUUUAGAGAUGAGGAGUUCUCUCGUCAAACUCUUGCUGGCUUGAAUCCUUUGAGUAUCAAGCGUGUCACGGAAUGGCCACUAAAGAGUAAUCUGGAUCCUAACAUCUACGGUCCAUCCGAAUCGGCUUUCACAACAGAGCUCAUACAGAGCCAGAUAAAGGGUUCCAUGACUCUUGAUCAGGCAUUGAAAGAAAAGAAGUUGUUUAUAAUUGAUUAUCAUGACAUGUUUAUGCCAUACGUGAACAAAGUAAGGGAGCAAAAAGGGACAACAUUAUAUGCAUCACGAACUUUGUUCAUCCUUAAUGAUGAUGGAACACUAAGACCUUUAGGUAUUGAAUUAACUCGGCCUCCCGUAGAUGGGAAGCCUCAAUGGAAGCAAGUGUAUAUGCCGGGAACUAGUGCCACUUCCGGUUGGCUAUGGAAGCUUGCUAAGGCACAUGUCCUUUCCCAUGACUCGGGUUACCACCAACUUAUUAGCCAUUGGCUUAGAACUCAUUGUUGCACGGAACCUUACAUAAUUGCUGCAAAUCGUCAAUUGAGUGAAAUGCACCCAAUAUAUAGGCUAUUGCACCCUCAUUUUCGAUACACCGUAGAGAUCAACGCUCUUGCUCGGCUAGCUUUGAUUAAUGCAGGCGGUAUCAUUGAGGGUUCCUUCUCACCCGGGAAGUAUGCCUGUGAGAUUAGCUCUGUCAUUUACGGCUUGGAGUGGCGAUUUGAUCAUGAAGCCUUACCAAAUGACCUUAUUAGCAGGGGAUUGGCAGAAGAAGAUCCAUCAGCACCACACGGAUUAAAGCUAACAAUAGAGGACUACCCAUACGCGAAUGAUGGCUUAGAGUUAUGGUCUAUCCUAAAGCAAUGGGUGGCAGAUUAUGUGAACCACUACUACAAAGACCCGAGCCUAGUAGAAUCGGACCAAGAGCUUCAAGCUUGGUGGACCGAGGUAAGAACCGUAGGGCACGGAGACAAGAAAGACGAGCCAUGGUGGCCGAACCUCAAAACAAACGAAGACCUAAUCCAAAUUGUAACAACCAUUAUAUGGGUUACUUCAGGGCAUCAUGCAGCCGUAAACUUCGGACAAUAUGCAUAUGCGGGUUACUUUCCUAAUAGGCCUACUGUGAUGAGGGCUAAGAUGCCUACAGAAGACCCCACUAUUGACGAAUGGAAACACUUUAUUGAUAAACCCGAGGAGACCCUACUUCGAAGUUACCCUUCUCAAAUACAAGCUACUAGAGUAAUGGCAAUUUUGGACGUACUUUCGGGUCAUUCACCCGACGAGGAAUAUCUAGGUGAGAGUAUGGAGCCUUCUUGGGAGAAUGAACCUAUGAUUAAGGCGGCUUUCGAGAAGUUUAACGGGAGGUUGAAGGAGUUGGAUGGGAUCAUUGAUGAGAGGAAUGCUAAUGAGAACUUAAGGAAUAGAAAUGGAGCUGGUGUUGUGCCUUAUGAAUUGUUGAGGCCAUUUUCUGAACCUGGUGUUACUUCUAUGGGAGUUCCUAAUAGUAUUUCCAUUUAGAAUAAACAUUAUAUUCAUUAAGUAUGCACAAGAGCAUGCAUAAUUGUGACAAUUAAUUUAAGUUGCUAGUUCUUUCAAGCAAAAAUUAAAAAUUGAAAUUGAAAGUGAGCAAAUGAAAAAAUGUCCUUUCGAUUGUGUGCACUUUUUACAAUAAAAUAAUGGAAUGCUAUUUUGUUUUUCUUGCAUUA